AUGGCAAAAAGCUCCGGUUCUCUUUCCAUAACGGGCGAGGUGGCUGGGCAGAGAAGCGUGGCGUUUGGACAUUGUGUGGCGAAUGUUGGUGGCAGCGGAGGUCCAAGCGUUCACCCCCAAAGCCACAUUGGUGACCCUGAGGUGUAUAAAAGGCUCGCCAUUCUCUCCUCUUUGUCUCCAUCACUCUCUCUUCCUCCCCACCACCACCACUACCCUUGUCCUCUCUCAUGCUGUUCUGCGGUACCCACUGUCCUCUCCGUGCCCUCCUUCAUCUGUACAGGUACAUCUCAUUCACGCCGUUCGCCGUUACUUCCACCACUGAACCUCGACGCGCUCCAGGUUAUUAGGCACGAUCGCCUCAAGCACGACGUCAGGUUCAUAGCAGGCACGAUCGCCUUCAAGCACGACAGCAAGUUCACUGGCUACAUUGUAUCUUCUGGCGACACUGCUCUGGGAUCUGUGGCUUUGGUCUGUGGCAUCGGGCUCUAUCGUUCUCUGGAGGUGGCUUCGACGUCUGGUUGCUGGUGUGUCUCUCGAUCAUGUCCGGGUUCUGUCUUACUUGUCUUUCUCGUCGUCUUCCUCUUCCUCCCACUGGUAUUUCUCGUCUCUUAUUAUUAUCUCCUGCGCUUUGAUGUCCUUGGCUGUGGUCUGCUCGCUCUUCGCUGUCUUCUCUGCUCGCUCUCUGUUCUCGUCUCUCUGUGCUCUCUCCUCAAUCUGGUUUGCUCUCUGUGUCUUACUUGCUCCUCGCUGUCCUCUUCGUCCUCGCUCUGUGUUCUCUCUACUGGCUGUGUCUUUUUUCUGCUCGCUCUGGCUUGCUCGCUCUGUUUGACUUGGUUCUCGCUGUCUGCUUCUCUUGCUGUGGCUUUGCUCUUGGUUUCUGUCUUCUCAUCUCAAUCUUUGCUCGUUUAUCUCAGUCUUGUCUCCUUGCUCGUCAAUCUUCUCUGCCCUUUCUUCAUGCUCGACGGCCCUGGUCUAUCUCGGCGACGCUCUCGGUCUCUCUUGCCUCUCUUCCUUCCUUGCUUGUUGUUAUUUUCUGGCGUAUCUUGGCGACCUUCUCAGGCCAUCCUUGGUCACACCUAA